AUGAGUUGGUCUAUCCUCAAGCUUCUUAUGUUUCAAAGUCUUUUCACUUCACCUCCCUUAGGAGAAGAUGGAGGCUAUGAUUUCUUUUACUUCGUUCUUCAGUGGCCAGGCGCUUAUUGCGACACAACGCGUUCUUGUUGCUAUCCAACAUCCGGUAAACCUGAGGCAGAUUUUGGCAUUAACGGUUUGUUGCCAAACAGAAAUGAUGGUACAUAUCCAUCAAACUGUGAUCCCGACAGUGAGCUUGAUAGAUCUCAGAUAUCGGAUCUGAUAAGUAGUCUGACAAAGAAGUGGCCAAAACUGUCGUGUCCGAGCAAUGAAGGGUUCGAGUUGUGGAAACGCGCGUGGAGUAAACAAGGCACGUGUGCCCAAAACAUUAUGAGCCAACAUGGCUACUUUCAAGCUGCUCUUAGAUUCAAAGACCAAAUCGAUCUUCUCCAAAUCCUCACAAACUCUGGAAUCAAACCAGAUGAUGGUUUCUAUGGCCUAAAAGAGAUCACCAACGCGAUAGAAGAAGCGAUUGGGUUUACGCCAGGAAUCGAUUGUAACAAAGAUCCGGAGGGUAAUGACCAACUUUACCAUAUCUACGUUUGCGUCGAUUAUUCAGCAACUAGGUUCAUCGAAUGUCCAGUUUGGCCUGGAGGAAGAACAUGUUCACCUCAAAUCCAGUUUGCUAAGUUCUAA